AUGGACGAGUAUAUCGACCUCUUCUUGCAGCGUAUGCGUUCUGGGUUCCCAGAAGUUUACGUCAUGCACAGUAAGGGAGAGGCGGUGACGGUCCGUUAUAAUUGGGCUGGCCGCAAUGAUCGUCUGGAGGAUUACCAGCCUGUGGAUGCUGGGCAGCUGCGAUUAAGUCCGAGAAUUCUACAGAACAUGACGGCCACGCGCAACAAUGACACAUACAACGUGUAUAUGUUUCAAAUGACCAUAUCCGUGGCUCAUGAACUUGGCCAUUUCCUGACCGGAUUUCUGAGUGGCACUGGACGCCCCGUGACACCUGAUGAAGUCGGAGUUCCAGGCGCUGCUGGUGAAGCUGGAUAUUUCUGGGAGUCUUUGGCACUUGGAGGCAUCGUUGACUUCUUCGCGGACCAAAGUGACCCAAAUAAUGUUGAGCAACCCGGUGUACCUUACAUCUUUGAUGAUGCACAGGACGACGCUCGGGGAAGGAAGGUCUCUAUGACUUGGAUCAAUGACUUUGUCAGCGGACGCAGAGGUAAGAUCCCACGCAUCCGAAGGCGACGUUAUGCCAACUUUGAUCUAUCCCUCCUGAUCUAUGCCAUGCCAGCCCGCGAGAGCGCCUCUACCACCCGUCAGGAUCUUCGUCUCGUUACCAGAGAGAUGUCCUGGCUUCGCGAUCAAGAAUUCCGGCGCACUCAAAGGGCGAAUCGUCCUAGUGGCCCAGUCACCGGGGGAGCGUCUGCAUCCUCCGCAUCGAGAGAUCGUUCCGCGGGACCGAGCCAGGUCUCUCGAUACUACUACUGA